GUAAAGAGGAGGAGGAAACCCAAGUGGGACCUGUUCCAAACCCCUUCUCAGAGCUGCCGCCAUCCCCUUUCUCUUUAGCGUCUGAGUGUCUGUUACCUUGGACCAAAAACAGCACAACUCAGUGCCACCCCAGACUGAUUGCUGGCCCCUGCCUGGCCACCCCUGUAUAAAAUUCCUAGCUCCGCCACUGGACCUCCCUGAUGUUCUAACUAUACUCCUUUUUGCGGUUAUUUUAUCAGAAGUUUCUGCAGGGAAAAAAACAUGCUGAGAGUUCCCAAGGCCAAAGGAGGAUGAGUCAAAAUUUGGACAAGUCUUGUUGCGAGUCUCACAUGGACAUUGUCUCUGACAGGAAGGUAUAUAUGCAAGUCUUAUCACUGAUUUUAAAGAACAGACAUUAAUGCUAGGAUAUUAUCCUGCAAACUUCUCGGCUACAGCUGUUUAUUAGCAAAAACUUCACUCUGAGAAAUUUCUGAAGGUGUACGGAAGAGAUCGUGGCUAAAGAGAGCAGUAUGAAUUUCAACGCCAGAAGAGUUACACUGCCCGCUAUAACACCUCUAUGCUUACAGAAAAGGGUAAUCAAAGUGUACAGUGAAGACAACACCAGUCGUACUGUGGAGGUGCCCACUGAAAUCACUGCCCGGGAUAUCUGCCAGCAGUUUAUACUGAAGAAUCACUGUAUUGAUGACCACAGCUGGACUCUGUUUGAGCAGAUCCCUCAUCUGGGCAUCGAGAGAACUAUUGAAGACCAUGAGUCAGUUAUUGAGGUGCAGUCGAGCUGGGGCAUGGACUCAAACGGCUGCCUGCACUUUAGGAAGAAUCACGCCAAAUACGAGUUCUUCAAAAAUCCUCUUGUGAGUGAUUUUUUCCCAGAACACAUGGUGUCUAUAUCGAGUGAAACCAAUGGAAUCAUGAACCACUCACAACUCAUUCAGACUUUUCUCAGCUCCAGCUCUUGUCCUGAGAUUCACGGGUUCCUUCAUGCCAAAGAGCAUGGCAGAAAAUCAUGGAAGAAGUUCUACUUUGUGUUAAGAAGAUCAGGAUUGUACUUCUCCAACAAGGGCAUGUCCAAGAAACCCAGGCACCUGCAGUUCGUUGCAGAGUUCAGCGACAGUGAUGUCUACAUGUUAUUAUCCGCAAGAAAAGUUUAUGGUGCCCCGACAGACUUUGGCUUCUGUGUGAAGGCAAGUAAGUCGAAUGCUGCACGUGACCUGAAACUGUUGUGUGCAGAUGACGAGCAAACAAGGACAUGUUGGAUUACAGCCAUGCGCCUCUUCAAGUAUGGCGUGCAGCUUUACCAGAACUUCAGUCAGCCCUAUAAGAAAAGUUCUCCAAUGAGAAGGGUUUCUGAGAACUCUCUGGUGGCGAUGGAUUUCUCAGGGCAUGAGACUCGGGUGAUUGAGAACCCAUCAGAGGCGUUAUCAGUGGCUGUGGAAGAAGGCCUGUCCUGGAGGAGGAAAAGCUAUCACAGACUGAGUUCACACGGCAGUCCAUCUACAUCUCUGAGCUCCAUGUGUAACAUAGCGAUCCAUGUGGCUCAGCCGUGGUUUCACAGCAAACUCUCUCGAGAUGAAGCUCAGAAAUUAAUCAGUCAACAAGGCCUCAUCGAUGGGGUUUUUCUUGUAAGGGACAGUCAAAGUAACCCGAGGACGUUUGUUCUGUCACUUUGCCACAUGCAGAAAAUCAAACACUUUCAAAUCGUUCCAGUUGAAGAUAACGGCGAGCUCUUCUACAGUCUGGAUGAUGGAAACACGCGGUUUACUGACCUGCUGCAACUAGUGGAGUUUUACCAGGUAAACAGAGGCGUUCUGCCCUGCAAGCUGAGACAUCACUGUGCACGAAUCACCCUCUGAACCACAGCACGCCCUAGUGGCUCCUACAGGUCCCUGCAAUGCACCAUGCACUUGCACUUGUCUGUAACACGCAGAGCAUAUUUUGGACAUCAGUUCGUGCCUUGGACAGGAAACCAGUAAAGUUUAGCUGACCACAUUAAGGCCUGAACCUAUAGACUUCAGCUGUGGAUGUCUGCUAAUUUACGGACGAUUUAUGAAAGACUGGUGCUGUCCGUAGGAAGUGGUUCGAUUCUUGUGUUACUGAAGAGAGGUUUGAAGACCCUAAUAUCACAGAGGGCUAAACGUUUUGUGGUGCAAACCCACUUUAAUGUAGAAUGGAAUGUACAACGUAGAUUUUGCAGCUACUAUAUCCUGGUACAAACUCUCUCUUUGUGGACGAAUCGGAACCACCUCAUUAAGCCAUCAAUCAAAGCUAAUUUUUUUAAUGGUAGACUGUGCGGGUUUCUGUACGGUGUAAACACUCGAAAAGUCAUGGUCUAGCCAUAAUCUGAACACAAAAUAAGCUAAAAUUUGCUGUUUUCCAGGAGUAAUAUUUCUGGAGGACCUGGCAACCCUCCGUUUUUGUGUUUACGGGGUGAAAAUGUUUCUUGUAUUAUUGUAUUCUUUCAAUCAUGUGUCGAAAAAAUUCAGGUAUUUUGUAAACAACACAAGACUGUUUGUUAUAAGAAAUGUUCACUUGCUGAAGAGAAUCUAUAUCUGCGCAUACUGUAGAUGUCGAUUGUUGUGGGCGAAAAUUCAUUCAACGCACAAACGACCACUUGCAGCCUGAUAUUAUGAAAAUUACGCAACUGUGGCGACAUUUUUGCUAAAUGAUUUUUACGCAGUUCUUUACACGUAUCGCAGCAGUUCUGAGGUGAAAUGUCCACUGUGUGGUGCUAAAAGCGACUUAAAUGUUCUCCCAGAUGAGGUUUUUAAAGUUAAAGUUAAUGCUCUAUUUAGGUUUAAAUAAUAAUAAUAAUAAUAAUAAUAAUAAUAAUAAUAAUAAUAAAAACGAACUCCCUACCCUAAACCUUAAACCCAAACCUAUGAUAAUUUCAUAAAAAGCUAAUUUGAGAUGAAAAACACAAUUGCUAAUGAAACCACAUCAUUUUGAGAUGCUUCUAUAACACUUUCAGCUCACUUGUCAACUCGCGUGCUCUUCAGGACUUGUACUCUGCUCCUUUACAUCGCAAGUGCAAUGCUCUAUCAGUUGAGCUACCGUGCAGUUUGAUCACACUUGAACAAGCUUGUAAAUGUAGUUGAUUAUGUAAUAUAAAUGUUAAAAUGAGUCACGCACUAUAGUAAAAGUGUUUAGAUGUCAUUAGAUAGCAUUGUGUGAGGAACAGGGCGAAAAGUAAGUGUUUAUGAACUGAUAAUCUGCCGUUUUACUCGUGAUUUGUGCGAAAGUGAAUCAAAGUCAGCGUUAUUUUAGCGCCUCUAGUGUUCAUUUCACCAGGAAACUACUGCGAUGCGUACAUGCAUUUUUACAUGCGAUGAGCCAUGUAAAAAUCGUUUUGCAAAAGUGUAGUUGUAGUAAUGUGAUUCUAUAAGACCAGGUUAAAUACUUGACAUAAGCCUCUGAUGUACCACACUGUGGAAUGUAUCUUUUUCUCCCAAUGACAUCAACAUGCAUGUCCCUGCAAUGAUUUGUGCGGUUUACAUUUAAGAGCAAAAAUUGUGUCACUUAUUAAUGAUCUCGCAAUUGCUAUUAAUUUAAUCUAUAGACACAAGGCAGAAUUCUGGGAAAACAGUGUUGCACACCUGAAUUGUUUUGUUUUUAGUAGUGCAACGAUCAAAACUGUUGCUAAUAUGUGCUGCAAGGGCAGUUCAGGAUACACACAUGCAUAACCAAUGUUCUUUAUUGAAUAGCCAAUGUAACGGUACAAUAAUAAAUAAAUAUACUAAAGCAUUUAUAGAACAAAUUAAUAGAUAGCCAGAAUAAACAUCUUCUGCAUUAAGGCACUUACCAUGAAUAGGGUGCAAUAUGGUGUCCCAUUUCUCUUUUUAAAGCAUAAUAAGACACAAACGUAAUUUUUAUUUAUUUUUCAUUUUUUUGUGAGAACUGUUAGAUAUGCUAGACAGAGGGAUUAUUAUCUAACAACCCCCGUCCCACCCCACAAUUUUACACAAAUGUAAUUCUGACUCCAAGUUUUAUUCCAAUAUUUUAUUUAUUUAUUUUAUUGGAAAGAUUAUUUUGUUAUUUUGUUUCUUUAAUUUAUGGGAAAUAUAUAUAUUUUUUUAUUAUUAUUAUUAUUUUUACUAUAAAUAAACAUUUCGGCCCCAAAAUAAGUAUUUAUUAAAAGUAUUUACCAGUGUCUAGGUAACAGGUCAGCCAAAAUUGCAAACUUUAUAGAUAUUGAUUUGAAAAUAAAGAACGUAUAUUCGUUUUAUCUUCUGAGGGUUGACGGUUAACAUCUCCUGAAGGUUACACAUCUUGAAAAACAAGAAAUAGCUUCAUUUUCAAGCAUUUCAGACUCUUAUUUUGUACCUUAUCCGUGGAAAGUGCCCUAUGAGAAAUGCACAUUUAUCAGUGUCAUCCAAAUGACUGUCACGAUGUGUUUUUGUUGAAAAGCAAGAAAUGUUUCUCUUAUCUUUUCUGUGUAUAUUUCUUGUAGAAUGACUAAAAAUGUACACAAUAUCAUCAGAGUGUUUUACGGCUGUGUAUUAAAACAAAAAAGAGAAGCAAAAAGCAUUUGAAACACUUUCAAAUAGCCAAGGUCAUAACUGCACUGUAGUUGGAACACUGGUAACUUUCCUUUUCAAUUGUUGAUGCUUAUCAUAUGUAAUGCGAUUUCUGUUUCUCUGACUGUUUUAUUUUAUUUUUUAAAUGAAAUGUAGGUCUGUUAUUGCUGUCAUAUUCCCUCUAGUCAGACAUAACCCAUAUGUUUCUACAGCUGUCUGAAUGUCGGAGUGUAUGUGAACCACACAUUUGACUGUGAUUACAUAAUCUAUGCUAUAUAAACAUGCUCUCUCCACAAAUUUCUACAUCCUUUCCACUAUACAGGUCAGUCUCAUAUAACAGAACAUGUCCAGGUAAUAUUUCACCCCAAAAUCAAGAGAAAUUGCAUUAGAAAUUAUAUUUUACUUAAAGCCAAUUAAGGUAAUAAUUUUAAUUUUGAACUGAAAAUUAAUCCUCGUUACCAUAAUAUGACAAAUCACAUUGCUGUAAUUUGAAAAAUAAUGAUAUAUAUAU